UCCGAGUUCUGUGUGCAAAAAAUGAGGGGAAAAGUUUAGUCAACAUUACCAAUGAAGAGAGCCAGACUUCAGCUUUUCUCAUGGCACUGACUUUGGGGCCCUGCCCCUGACCUCCUUGAACUCACAGUCUCAUGAUAACUUUGAGGAGACCUGACCACAUAUUGUAUAUCAUGCCUGGCUGUCUAUUGAGCAAAGAUGUAAGUUGCCUGUCAGCACUGGCUUGAAGUCAGUUAUGCAUUUUUGUUCAAAGUGUUCUUAUCUGUCGUAUAGAGUGUUUCGGGCCAAUUUCUGCCCAAAAUGUUUUGGCCCCUUUGGUCCCCAUCGCACUACAAUUAAAAAGCUGCUGCAAUUAAUCGUUUUUUUUUUUUUUUUUUGGUAAGAGAUUGUCGUUCACCUGUCAAAUAAUGCGAAUGAAUUUGUACACUGAAAUAGGCCUAUCACGUAAUCUAAAAAUACCAAGUGCAUCCACGAUAACAUUCUUAUAAUAAUUAUUUCUAGCUUUUUAUAAAUAGGCUUAAAGAUUAUCUUGAUAUUGUCUCAUAGCGUGCUUGUUCAAAAUUUUCCAAACGUGGUUUGUUAUUUAUUUGUAAUAUAUAGACUAUGCAUUUAUUUUUAUUUUCGGCGAAAUCGAUUCCGAUCUGGCGCGCUUCUUUCGCUGUGGCAGCGUUAUUUACGAAAAAAUAAUAUAUUUGAGGUGCGGUGGGCGGGUGUGGUAGGCAGCCAGCUACGGUGGUCUGUAGAGCUCGUCCUGACGGAUUUGCUUUGACAGAUCCGGGUUAGCCGCUAGGAGAACCCAUUUUCUUGCUCAAUCCUCACCGAGGCGCGCAUAUCGCAGGCACAUACAGACCGGAGACCGCAGAGCGUGCGGCACCUCCCUGGCCAUCUCUCUUACCAUCUCCAGGCUCCAAACACCCGAGGACCCGAUAGCUGACACGGCGCUGUUCCGGCACUUUCCUGCCAGACAACACUGCGGAAACUUCCUGCCUGCACGCCAAGGAGUUUGAAAUGCGACUAUCUUGUCAUCGGUCAACCUGUUUACAGCCGCUGACAUUGUUUUCCUGGCACGGAAACGUCUACGAGAACACUUCAGUCAGUAAGAAACCCGAACUCUCUAAGCAAGUUUAAUGACACAAUCCAAGGUUGUAUGAAUAAGAAAAAAAUUGUAGUGCGUUUGCUAUUUAUAUGAAUUGUACGUGGAUUAAAAUAUAUAGCCCGCGACAGUCAUGGUUACGGAGCAACAUCAGUGGCUGUUGGGGAAUGGUCUUUGUUGCACGUGAAUGAUGACUUGAGCUUUGACAUUGUUUCUUUUCUUGGGCUACAUAGAUGCGGUCUCAAUGGGCAAGUACCUUUGGAGAACAGCAUCCACUUAAUCCGAGAUACCCAAACAUUACGAGAGUUGAACAAUGCAGGUGUUAAUUUUGAGAGUGAUAUUUUUCCUAGCAUUUAAUGUAGCGGUGCAAACGCACAGACAUGAUGAUAAAUUAAGGACUAAUGUCGUUCCGAAAAACUACAACUACAAUGUCACGCAUAGAAAUUUGCACAAAACCAUCUCAGAAAAUGGUCGGAGAUGGCACCGAGCGUACAGGAGAGUAAUCACUGAGAAGGACAAUACAAGGGGACGCGCUACAGGUGUGUCCUCGUGGGACGCCAUCAAGACUUUGGUGCAAGACAUAAACGCAACUUCUUUUAAGAUGAAAAUGAUCGCAGAAGAUAAAACCAAACCCUAUGGAUACAAACACGAAGUGCAUUUAAACAGAUCUGAAACGGAGACGACGAAAAACCAUAGAGAGUCUCGGAGGCGAAGGAAAGAAAAGUUUAAUUCUCAGAUGGCCGCUGCCAUGGAAACAAUAGGUGAUGGAUACAGUUCCUCUAAGACUCCUUCAGGGAACAAGCUGGGAGGACGCGAGAGGAACCACAGACGCAAAAGAGGCACAAUAGACGACCAGAAUAAAUCCGUUAAGAAUGAAAUAAAAAAGCAUAAUAAAAAGAACCUCCUCAGCUCACAGAUAGAAACUUCACCUGAUGCCUCUCUCGCCAUGUGGGAACCGAUUCCCCUACCUCUGGCCCUUAACCAGUCCACUGAUUUUCCAUUCAAUACUGGAAAUUACGAAUUAUUUACUUUACCGGACGGUGACCUUGGGGAAAUAACCCCACUGAUCCCCCUUAACACGCGGGGGAAGAGAAACUGGAUCAGAAACCCUUUUUACCCCGUAACCAAUGAAUCAUAUGGAGCGUACGCCAUAGUGUGUGUUUCUGUGAUUAUUUUCGCUGUGGGGAUCAUCGGAAACAUUGCAAUCAUGUGCAUCGUAUGUCACAAUUACUACAUGAGGAGCAUCUCCAAUUCGCUUUUAGCCAAUCUGGCCUUGUGGGAUUUUGUCAUCAUUUUCUUUUGCUUGCCCCUGGUGAUUUACCACGAGGUGACGAAAAACUGGUUGCUGGGGGAGUUCUCCUGUAAGAUCAUACCAUACAUCGAGGUGGCCUCCCUGGGCGUGACCACGUUCACGCUGUGCGCGCUCUGCAUCGACCGCUUUCGGGCAGCGACCAACGUGCAGAUGUACUACGAGAUGAUCGAGAACUGCGCCUCCACCACGGCCAAGCUGGCGGUCAUCUGGGUGGGGGCGCUCCUGCUGGCCCUGCCCGAGCUCAUCAUCCGCCAGCUGGCCACCGAGGACGGGGAGCCAGGCGACAACGGCGGCGGCGGCGGCGGGGGGGCCCGUGAGCGCUGCGUGGUGCGCAUCUCCACCGAGCUCCCGGACACCGUCUACGUGCUGGGGCUGACGUACGACGGGGCGCGGCUCUGGUGGUACUUCGGCUGCUACUUCUGCCUGCCCACCCUCUUCACCAUCGGCAGCUCGCUGGUGACGGCGCGCAAGAUCCGCCGGGCCGAGAAGGCCAGCGUCCGCGGCAACAAGAAGCAGAUCCAGCUGGAGAGCCAGAUGAACUGCACGGUGGUGGCGCUGGCCAUCCUGUACGGCUUCUGCGUCAUCCCGGAGAACGUCUGCAACAUCGUCUCGGCCUACAUGGCGGCGGGCGUGCCGCGGCGCACCCUGGAGCUGCUGCAGCUGGUCAGCCAGGCGCUGCUCUUCUGCAAGUCGGCGGGGACGCCGGUGCUGCUCUUCUGCCUGUGCCGGCCCUUCAGCCGCGCCUUCCUGGACUGCUGCUGCUGCUGCUGCGAGGAGUGCGGCGCCGCCAAGUCCUCGGCCGCCACCAGCGACGACAACGACCACGAGUGCACCACCGAGCUGGAGCUGUCGCCCUUCAGCACCAUCCGCCGCGAGAUGUCUGCCUACGCGUCCGUGGGAACGCACUGCUGAGCGCCCGGCGACCCUCAAACCCCGCCCACCCGCCCCAGCCCGCCCCAGCCCGCCCCAGCCCACCAACGCCACAUUCCCUCCCCCCGUCACGAUGGCGCGUGCGUGUGGUGUCAAUCAUUGCCACGAGGUGAACUGAUCAAUGUGCUUGAAGCACUUUGAUUGGCUCAGUCCGCCGAGUGGCGGAACGUGCAUGGUAGCUCCGCCUACUGCUGUGGUCCGUGACAUCACCGUGCCAUGCACUGUACCCUGUACAGUACCUGCACACUGUUUACCGUAGAGUAGAGGUCUGUACACAUCAUACACUUUCUCUCAUAUAUCUACUGCCAUUAUAUAUACACAGUACAGUACAUAUACAUAUCGUGUAGUAGUUUUUUAAAAUUCCAUAGUCAUUAACAUCAGUUAUUACAUUUUUUUAAUUACCGUUUUUUGCACUCCCCCAUUUUUUUGCCCCUCCCUCAUUUUUUUGUUGGGUAUUACUUUGUUUUUAUCGCAAGUGUCUUACGUCUCUGCAUUGUAUUGAAAGUAAUAUAUUGAAAAUGGCUGGUUGUAGUGUAUUGUGGGGUUUUGUUUUCUUUCUGAUAACAGUGAUUCUUGUGAAUCAGUUGAAAAGUAUGUUUAGCUCCCUUGCUAUGUGAGUAUAUUCUUCACUAUAAACAAAUUGAUGUUUGUAUUUGAUAGCAGAAAAUUGUACCAGUAUGCUUUGGGCAGUCUGCACACUCACUUGAGUGUUUUUGUAAUUAUUAUUAUUAUUAUUAUUUUAGUCAAGAAAUGUCACUUUAAUAAAAAAGGAAUCUAUGAAUUUGA